CUUUCCGGCGCGCGGGCAGGCGGUUCCGGCGGAGCCCUUGGCCGUGUGUGAGGCCUGGCGGGGAUGCUAAUGGUGGAAGCUGCUCCCGCCGCUGAGCAGCAGUGACCCAGUCCCGCCCGCUGCCGCCGCCGCCCCACCAUGUCCGUGGUGCCGCCCAACCGCUCGCAGACCGGCUGGCCCCGCGGGGUGAACCAGUUCGGGAACAAAUACAUCCAGCAGACCAAGCCGCUCACGCUGGAGCGGACCAUCAACCUGUAUCCACUUACAAAUUAUACAUUUGGCACAAAGGAACCCCUUUAUGAGAAGGACAGUUCAGUGGCAGCUCGGUUUCAGCGCAUGAGGGAAGAAUUUGACAAGAUUGGAAUGAGGCGGACUGUAGAGGGUGUUCUGAUUGUGCACGAGCAUAGGCUGCCCCAUGUGUUACUACUGCAGCUAGGUACAACGUUCUUCAAACUACCAGGUGGGGAACUCAAUCCAGGAGAAGAUGAGGUAGAAGGUCUCAAACGUUUAAUGACAGAGAUACUGGGACGUCAGGAUGGAGUUCAGCAAGACUGGGUGAUUGAUGACUGCAUUGGUAACUGGUGGAGACCAAACUUUGAACCUCCACAGUAUCCAUAUAUUCCAGCUCAUAUUACAAAACCUAAAGAGCACAAAAAGCUCUUCUUGGUUCAGCUGCAGGAAAAGGCUUUGUUUGCAGUCCCAAAAAAUUACAAGCUGGUAGCUGCGCCGUUGUUUGAGCUCUAUGACAAUGCCCCAGGAUAUGGACCUAUCAUUUCCAGCCUUCCUCAGCUUUUGAGCAGAUUCAAUUUUAUUUACAACUGAAUUCCCAUAUACUUGAAGAGUGUGAUAGAAGAAGCCGUCUCUGUGAGCACAGCUUUAAGAUGUAGAGGGAAGAAUACAUGUGACGCAAGGAUUUUUUUUCUUUUUUUUUCCUGAAAACCGCUAAACUUUCUAUUGUCUGAAUAGCAAAGUGAAUCUCAACUGUUUAGAUAGUGGGAUGGCGAAUGUGAUUCAGUGUUUUAAUCACUUUUCAUUGUAAUAGUCACCAGUUUUUUUUGUACAACAUUAAACAAAAUAGAUUGGA